AACACAUUAAGAUGGAAGAAGAAGACAUUUUUAAUAUAAACGAGUUAGCAGCCAAAUGAAGAUCUAAAUAUGAACUAUAUCAUCUCAUAGCUACUGAAGGCAACAUAUACUUACCAGUCUACCGAGAUGCAACUCAGAAAUAUUUGAGGCAAAUUCUUUUAGGCAAAAAGAAAUAUCUGAAUAACUCUGAAGUUAAAAUAAGAAGAGUGCCCCAGUAUAAAGGAUUGAGAGUUUCUGAUAUCGUCGAAUUCGGCAACAGCAUCAUAAAUCUUACCUUAUACCUUCCAGAUUUUUCUUAUGAUAGAGAACUCAAUCGAGAAUGUGUGUGAAAUGUUGUUAACACCCUUCUCCCAGUUGAAUUUGCUGAGUUGAUAACUUUAAAGGUUAAAGAAAGAAACGAAGAAGUUCUAAGAAAGCAAAAUCUCAUGUUAGAAGCUAAACCAAAAUUCAUAAAACUGUUCCAAGAAUCUAAGGCAAUCUCCUUAAAGAAGGGGAAAUCCCAUUUCUUAGCCAGAACUCCUAGAAAUCCAAAAGCUUUAAGAGAGUUGGAUAAACUUAGAAAGGAAAAUGUUCAUCUUAAGAACAAAACUGAAUUUCUGAGAAUAGACUGCGAGAAAGAAGAGAAGAAGAAUGAGAAACUUGAGCAUGAAAAAGUAAAGGCUGAGAAUUAUAGACUCAAAUUAGAAAAGUUGGCUCACCUGGGAGAUUGUUUGAUAACAACGGAGAUCCUAUUGGGAGGAUGGAAAAAUAACUAAUUAGUUGUUUAACUGCAUUGAAAUCUAAAUUACCUUCAAUUUUUAAUUUUUUUGACUGUUUUGAUAAAAACUUCACUAAGUUUUCUUUGGCUAGAGUUAUUUUUCUCUUAUCUAAAAUGCUCAGUCCUUUUUAUUAAUGGCAUAAAGCUGCACUAGAUAAGCUUCUUAUCUCUAUUCUUCUCUUCCUUUUCCAACUUUUUAUUAUUAUUUUUUAAGUUUUGACAUAGCUCCUCUAUCUUCAACUUUCUCCAUCAAGUCAAAAAUAUACUUGAGGUUAGAGACAACCUCAUACCUAUUUAUGAAUAUUCUGUGCUCUUUUAUUUGAUUUCUGGUGAGUUUGGUGUAAUUUUCAGUAUCUUUUUCUUUUGUAGUUCUUUUGUGCUCCUUUACUUUCUCAGAAUCAAGCUCAUUUUUACUAUUCUUCAGCUUAAUAUCCUUCUUUUGUCGUAUGAAGAAGUUCAGAGUAGUAUUCAGGUUCUUUAAUUCAGAGCUAAGAAUUUUUAAUCCCUCCCAAAGAUAAGGUGUUUUGCCAUCCUGAUUAAUAACAUCAUGAGCCCUUUCUUCAUUUUUGUGAACAAUUUUCAUUCUUGAUUUCGCCUUCACAAUUGUUUCUUCAAUGAUCUGCAUUGGAGCAUUUUUGUAACUUUUUAACUCAACUUUUGGCAGGAAAGAAGACUAUGACCUUUACAUUGCAUUCUUUGACAUUUUUGAAGAAUGAGUGCCAUUCUGGGUAUUAAUAGUAGCAAUCUUAUUGAUUUUAUUAGAGAGGGUUUUAGU